UGUGUACCAGGGACGCGGGCGGCGGGCGGCGGGUGUGCGGGUCGGGGCGGAGCGAAGGCCCGUGGCCGUGGUCGGACCUCGGCGGCUGAGGAGCCGAGGGCUCUGACGCGGGCUGCACCCGGUGAGCCGCGGGCAGAGCUAACUUUCGCUGUCAGAACCAGCUGAGGAGCGGCCGGGCGGCGAGACGGCGAGCUUCACCGAGGAGCUACUCCGCCCUCGGCCGCAGUCACUGACUCCGGACUGACGGCCGGGCGGACCAUGGCGCCCUCAGCUCGCUUGGUCACCAUCAAACGGAGCGGCGAUGAUGGCGCACACUUCCCGCUGAGCCUCAGCUCCUGCCUGUUUGGAAGGAGUAUUGACUGUGACAUUCGUAUACAGCUGCCUGUAGUGUCAAAAAAACAUUGCAAAAUUGAAGUCAAAGAACAAGAGGCAAUAUUAUAUAAUUUCAGUUCCGCCAAUCCAACUCAAGUAAAUGGCACUAUUGUAAAUGAGCCUGUGCAGCUGAAACAUGGAGACAUAAUAACAAUCAUUGACCGCUCCUUUAGGUAUGAAGACGGAAGAAGCCAUGAUGGAAGCAGGCCAACAGAAUUCCCGAGAAAGUCACUUGGAAAGGAACCAGCACGGCGAGCCUCAAGAGAUACCGUCUCUGCUGACCCUGAUGGGAAAGAUCAAGAUACCAAAGCUUCAAAAAUGACUGCUUCAAGAAGAUCUUUUGUCUAUGCCAAGGGGCUUUCUGCAGGUAGUCCUGCCUCAGAUGACUCAAAGGACAGUGUUACCCAAGAUUCAUCAGGGCAUGUAGAACAGCACGAUCGCAGAAACCUAGGAGAACCCACUUCUGGGGAUCUCUUUAAGAAGUUCAGGGCUACACGGAGCAGUUACGGGGACCUGAAGUCUCCUGCACAGAGCCUUAGCAAUAGCAACAAAAAUGAAUCUCCCUUUGAGAAACUUUAUCAGUCAAUGAAGGAAGAGUUGGAUGUAAAAUCAGAGAAAUCUCAUAGAAAAUCAGAACCCCAGUUUGACCGUGCAGCAGAAGAAUGGUGGGAGACAGCGCGAUUGGUGUCAUGCAAGGCAAGACCAAAGUCCAGUAGAAGCACCCCUGUCACAGCAGCCUUUUCACCCAAAGUAGGAAAGAGCUGGGCCGAGAGACGGACAGGUGGUGUGGGGACAGAGACAGCUAAAAUGAAGACCCCUGUGCAGAAGGCACAGCAGCUUAAGGAUGAAGACUCUCGUGUUCCUGGCAGAAGAAAUUCUGUGAAUCUGGAUGAAAGUGAAAGUGCCCAGGCAGUUCAUAAAAUAGUCACUCCUGGGAAACUGGUAACUAGAAAUCAAGCUGCAAUAAAAGUUGCCAGCCCUGCCAAUACACCAGAAAAUUCCUCUUCCAAAAAGAGAAGAAGUAUUCCUGCAGACAUAGAGGUUCCAUCUGCAGAGACACAAAAGCGGCUCUCUUUAACACAGUGCCUUGCUCCAGGUGAAAAGAAAAGUCCCAAGGAUUCCUUCAGCAAGCCUGAGAAACUGGGCACAGUGGCCAAACAGACUUGCUCUGGUAUAACUGGCCUUAGUUCCGUUGAUAUCAGCAACUGUGGUGAUUCCAUUAACAAGAGUGAGGGAGUGCCUUUGAAGAGAAGACGUGUAUCCUUUGGGGGUCAUCUAAGACCUGAAUUAUUUGAUGAAAACUUGCCUCCUAAUACUCCACUCAAAAGAGGAGAAACACCAACCAAGAGGAAGUCUCUCGGCACUCACAGUCCAGCUGGCCUAAAGAAAAUCAUCAAGGAACGGCCUCCGUCUCCAGGGAAACAAGAGUCUCCUGGAGUAACUCCACCAAGGACAAAUGAUGAAAGACGAAGAUCAGGCAGGACUUCACUUGCUUCCAGCGGAAGCGAAUUCUUAAAUGAGACAGACAUUCCCAAGAAAGCAGGCAGGAAGAGUGGCAACCUGCCUGCGAAGAGAGCAUCCAUCAGCCGAAGUCAGCAUGGCAUUCUACAGAUGAUUUGCUCCAAAAGAAGAAGUGGUGCUUCUGAAGCCAACCUGAUUGUUGCAAAAUCAUGGGCUGAUGUUGUAAAACUUGGCGUGAAACAAACACAAAUGAAAGUUGUGAAACAUGUCCCUCAAAAGCAGACAAGAAAAAGACAAAGAAGACCCAGUACUCCAAAGAAACCUACAAGCAGCCUUCACGAUCAGUUUACUACAGGCCACGCAAACUCACCCUGUACCAUUGUAAUAGGGAGAGCACAGACUGAAAAGGCAAGCAUGCCUGCCCGACCCUACAAAAUGCUGAACAACUUGAUGCUAAACCGGAAAAUGGACUUCAGUGAAGAUCUGACAGGACUAACUGAAAUGUUCAAGACUCCAGUGAAGGAAAAGCAGCAGCAGAUGAGUGACGUGGGCUCCAUUCUGUCUGAUUCAGAGAAUUUGUCUGAAAGACAGUUGCAAGGAACCAACUCAGAAGACACACCCCCACCCACCGCCUUAGAGAUUUUGGGAGAAAAAGUGCUCCUCAGUACUCAGAAUGCAGCAAAGCAGCAAUCCAAUAAAUAUUCUGCAAGUUCUACCUUAAGACGGCAGAGCAUCAAACAUGAAAACACAAUGCAAACUCCUAAGAAUGUCCAUAACAUUACUCAAAUUGACAAGAAGACUCCAGCCUUUGAGACAGAGCCUCUAAAGACAGCAUCAAGUAUGAGCAAGUCAAGGAGAUCUAGAGAGCUCAGACAUACCCUUGUCAAAAGGAAGGAUGAAAAAACAGAAGCAGUCCUUGCCAAGAGCAUCACAGGAAGACAUCUACGGAAGACAUUUCAAGGACAAGAAGUAGACCAACAAGUGCAGGGCAGUGAAAACUCUUCACAAAGAUGCGAGGAAAACAGUAAAUUAAGUGAAGAUUCAGAAAAGACAUCCGCUAGGAGAUCAAGUGCCAGGAAGCAGAAACUAACAAAAGACUUAGUAGGAAGUCAGAUGGUCACCCAAUCAGCAGACUGUGCUGAGGACCUACUUAGUCAAGAACAAGGAACAAUACAAAACCUAGAGGAAUCCAUGUACACGCAAAACACAUCAAAAAGUGAUCAAGGAGUUGCAAAACAGAAAGUUAACACAGUGGUAGAUGCAACCAGAGUGAAGCGCUGGUCAAAGACCCCUGUCAAAAUGACACACCCUCUAGAAGGUGCAGCUGAUUUCAUGGAGCACUUUGGAACACCAGAUCUCAAAGAUGAACCCAUAGGUGAUGAUGAAACUAAAGUCCUUUGCAAAUCCCCACAACCCAAAACAGAGAACCUCAAAGCAAGCGCAAAGCCACGGACCAGCACAUCUGGGAGGAAAGUAGAUAGGAAGGAAGAACUCUCUGCCGUGACAAAGCUUAUACAUAUGUCAGGGGAAAGCAGGCAUACUCCCAAAGUUCUAAAACUUGAGCAUGGGGAUAUCAAAGCUUUGAGGCAAUCUGAAAAUGAAAUGCUGACUGCAACAGUAACUAGAAGCAAGAGGCCUAUAGAAAAAGCUAAGGAAAAGGCUCAGCCUGUGGAAGACCUGACUGGUUUCGAGGAACUCUUUCUAUCACCAGUCCCUGGUGACAAAAUCACAAAAAUGCCCAGCAAAUCUCCACACACAGAAUCAGUCAGAAUUCCAGCAAGCACAAAGAGACUGUCCACGACAGGUCUCAGUAAGGUGGAUGUGAGAGAAGAGCCUGCAACCCUUGGGAAAAGAACAAAGUCAUCAGGCAGAGUGGCACACACACCAGCACCAGCGCAGGAAGAAAAUGAUACCACAACCUUCAUGGAAACUCCAAAGCAGAAACUGGAUUUCACAGGAAAUUCAACAGGACCUAAGAGAAGGUCACGGACACCUAAGAACAGGGCUCAGCCCCUAGAAGACCUGGAUGGCUUCCAAGAACUCUUCCAAACACCAGCUGGUGCUAGGGCCCCUGUGACUGUUGAUGAAAGUGCAAAGAUGUCUCUGGAAUCUGUACAACCAGUCAUAACCCCAGCAAGCACAAAGAGACUGUCCAAGACAGGUCUCAGUAAGGUGGAUGUGAGAGAAGAGCCUUCGACCCUGGGGAAACGAACAAAGUCAUCAGGCACAGUGACAGGCACACCGGCACCAGUGCAGGAAGAAAAUGACACCACACCCUUUAUGGAAACUCCAAAGCAGAAACUGGAAUUCACAGGAAAUUCAACUGGACAUAAGAGAAGGUCACGAGCAUCCAAGACCAGGGCUCAGCCCCUAGAAGACCUGGAUGGUUUCCAAGAACUCUUCCAAACACCAGCUGCUGCCAGUGACCCUGUGACUGUUGAUAAAAGUGCAAAGAUGUCUCUGGAAUCUUCACAAGCAGAAACAGUCAUAACCCCAGCAAGCACAAAGACACUGUCCAAGACAGGUCUCAGUAAGGUGGAUGUGAGAGAAGAGCCUUCAACCCUGGGGAAACGAACAAAGUCAUCAGGCACAGUGACAGGCACACCAGCACCAGUGCAGGAAGAAAAUGACACCACAGCCCUCAUGGAAACUCCCAAGCAGAAACUGGAUUUCACAGGAAAUUCAACAGGACCUAAGAGAAGGUCACGGACACCUAAGAACAGGGCUCAGCCCCUAGAAGACCUGGAUGGCUUCCAAGAACUCUUCCAAACACCAGCUGCUGCCAGUGACCCUGUGACUGUUGAUGAAAGUGCAAAGGUGUCUCUGGAAUCUUUACAACCACUACCAGUCAUAACCCCAGCAAGCACAAAGAGACUGUCCAAGACAGGUCUCAGUAAGGUGGAUGUGAGAGAAGAGCCUUCGACCCUGGGGAAACAAACAGAGUCAUCAGGCACAGUGACAGGCACACCAGCACCAGUGCAGGAAGAAAAUGACACCACACCCUUUAUGGAAACUCCAAAGCAGAAAACAGAUUUCACCAAUUCAACAGUACAUAAAAGAAGGUCACGAGCAUCCAAGAACAGGACUGAGCCCCUAGAAGACCUGGAUGGUUUCCAAGAACUCUUCCAAACACCAGCUGCUGCCAGUGACUCUGUGACUGUUGAUGAAAGUGCAAAGAUGUCUCUGGAAUCUGUACAACCACAACCAGUCAUAACCCCAGCAAGCACAAAGACACUGUCCAAGACAGGUCUCAGUAAGGUGGAUGUGAGAGAAGAGCCUUCGACCCUGGGUGAAAGAAUAAAGUCACCAGGCAAAGCAGCACACACACCAGCACCAGUGCAGGAAGAAAAUGACACCACAGCCCUCAUGGAAACUCCAAAGCAGAAACUGGAAUUCACAGGAAAUUCAGCAGGACCUAAGAGAAGGUCACGGACACCUAAGACCAGGGCUCAGCCCCUAGAAGACCUGGAUGACUUCCAAGAACUCUUCCAAACACCAGCUGCUGCCAGUGACCCUGUGACUGUUGAUGAAAGUGCAAAGAUGUCUUUGGAAUCUGUACAACCACAACCAGUCAUAACCCCAGCAAGCACAAAGAGACUGUCCAAGACAGGUCUCAGUAAGGUGGAUGUGAGAGAAGAGCCUUCAACCCUGGGGAAACGAACAAAGUCAUCAGGCACAGUGACAGGCACACCAGCACCAGUGCAGGAAGAAAAUGACACCACACCCUUUAUGGAAACUCCAAAGCAGAAACGGGAGUCUUUAGGAGAUUUAACAGGGCUUAGGAAACAGUCCAGAACACCUGAAGCAAAAGCCCAAUAUCUAGAGGACAUAUCUGGUUUUCAGGAGGGUUUCCAAACACCAGACCAUGCCAAUGGCCCAUUAGCAGUUGGCAAAACCAAAAAAAUGUCCUUUAUUUCUCCACAACCAGGAAGUGCCAUAACCCUAAAGAGCAUAGAGAGACAGUCUAGGGCAAGUAUGAGUGAAAUGAAUGUUAAAGAAGAACUUUUAGAAUCAGAGGAACAUCUACAAUUAGGAGAAGGUAUAGACACACUUCAAGUACCUAACAACAACAAAGUCUUUAGGUCAUCUAGGAAACCUGCAAAGCGUAAACUGGAUCCAACAGCUAGUAUGCCUAGCAGCAAGAGGAUGAGAUGUUCCUCAAAGGAUAGCACACAAAGCCUAGAAGACGUGACUGGUUCCCAACAGCUUUGCCAAAUGCCAGGCCAUGCUAAGGACUCUUUGAACACUGAAGCCUCAACAAUGUUUACUAAACCACCACAAUCAGGACCAGUUAGAACCCAAAACAACAGAAAGAGUCUGCCCAAGAUUAGCCUGAGACAAGUAGAUGUGACGGGAGGAAUUUCAGUUCUCGGGAAGCAGUCACCUGGCAGAGCCCUCACAGCACCAGUGCAGGAGGAUAAUGGGAUCAAAGCAAUUAUGGAGACUCCAAAGGAAACACUGGCAAUUGCAGCAGAUUUAACUGGGUUUACCAGACCACAACAAACACCUAAGGAAAAAGACCAGCCCCUGGAAGAUUGUGGUGGCUUCCAAGAACUCUUCCAAACACCAGCUGGUGCCAGUGACUCAGUGACUGUUGAGGAAAGUAAAAAGAUGCCAGUGGAAUCUUUACAACCACUACCAGUCAUAACCCCAGCAAGCACAAAGAGACUGUCCAAGACAGGUCUCAGUAAGGUGGAUGUGAGAGAAGAGCCUUCGACCCUGGGGAAACGAACAAAGUCAUCAGGCACAGUGACAGGCACACCGGCACCAGUGCAGGAAGAAAAUGACACCACACCCUUUAUGCAAACUCCAAAGCAGAAACUGGAAUUCACAGGAAAUUCAGCAGGACAUAAGAGAAGGUCACGGACACCUAAGACCAGGGCUCAGCCCCUAGAAGACCUGGAUGGCUUCCAAGAACUCUUCCAAACACCAGCUGGUGCCAGUGACUCUGUGACUGUUGAUGAAAGUGCAAAGAUGUCUCUGGAAUCUGUACAACCACAACCAGUCAUAACCCCAGCAAGCACAAAGAGACUGUCCAAGACACCAGGACAGAACAAGGAUUUAGUGACACUGGACAAUCUUGCAAAAAUGCCAGGCAGUUCUCCACCACCAGAGCCAAUAGAUACUUCAGUAAUCUCAGGUAGACAGCUCAGAACUCGUCUUAGGAACGUUUAUGUGAAAAAUGAACUGUCAGAAGACGGAAUGCAUCCAAAAAUGUCAGGGGAAAUUGUGGACUCAUCUAGAGCACCAGGAGGUGAAGAGAAAGUCAUUAAAGCAAGGAAGCAAUGUGUAAAGCGGAAAUUGGACACAGCAGUCAAUUUACCUAGCAGCAAGAGGCAAAGAAUUGCAGGAGCAGAAGAGCCACAGACCCUAGAGGAUCUGCCUGGCUUCCAAGAGCUCUGCCAAGCUCCAUGCUUGGUAAUGGACUCAGUUAUUGUUGACAAAACCGCAAAGGUGCCCAGCAAAUCUCCAGAACCUGUGGAUACAACUUCAGAGAUACAGCCAAGAAGACGACUCAGGAGACUGGGUGUGACUGAAGAGCCCAUACCACAAAGAACGACUACAAGAGUGUUAAGGCAAACCAGAAACACACACAAAGAGCCCAUAGAUAGUAGUAAUGGUAUAGGUGAGUUUAAGGAGUCUUCGGCACAGAAACAAGACCCAGCCAUAAGUUUAACCGGCAGGAGGAACCAACCAAGAAAGGUUAAGGAAAAGACCCAACCCUUGGAAGAGCUGACUAGUUUCCAAGAGGAAAUUGCCACAAGAAUGUCUUGCAAAUCUCCACAACCAGAAGAGAAGAAAACCUUAGUAGGCUUAAAGAAGCAGCUCAGAAUACAACUAUUCAAAGUGGGUGUGGCAAAGGAGCCCACAGCACAGAGAAAGCAACCAGUCAGGGAAACCAGGAACAGACUCAAAGAGCCCAUGGGUAACAGGAUAAAUGUUGAAGAGCUUAAGAAGUCUACAGAGCAGAAAAUUGACCCAGUAGCAAGUAUUCCUGUCAGCAAGAGGCCACGGAGGAUACCCAAGGAAAAGGCACAGACCGUAGAAUUGGCUGGUCUCAAAGGACCAAUCCAAACCCUAGGUCACACUGAGAAAUCUGCAAGGGAUAAAGAACCCACACAGAUGCCCUGUAAUUCUCUACAACCAGAGCAAGUUGAUAGCCUCCAACCCUCACCAAGACGUCCCAGGACAAGACAUGGGAAAGUAGAGGCAGACAAGCCUUCAGCAGUAAGGAAGACAGUGCCAACAUCAAGGCAAAGUGUGCGAUCCCGAAAGGUCACUGAAAUUGAUGACAAUGGUACCAAAGCUUCAAAGGCACCUGUAAAGCAGACAUUAGAUACAGUAGCCAAAGAAACUGACAGCAAAAGGCAGCUAAGGACACGUAAGAAUGGGGUUCAACCUCUUGAAGUCCUGGGUGACUCCAAAGAAAUAACACAAAUAUCAGAUCACUCUGAGAAACUAAGACAUGACACUAAUAUUCUUAAGAGCACUCUACAGCAAAAGCCAGACUCAAUGAAACCUCUGAGAAAAUGCAGAAGAGUGCUGAGGACCUCUAAAGAGGACCCCAAAGAAGUGUUGAUGGAUACCAGUGACCUUGCAGCAUUACAAGGCAAAAGCAACCUUUACCUGUCCACCCCCAGUAAGUCUGCAAGAGAUGGAAGGAUUUUGAAAACCAGGGCUUUGUGCUCUGUAACCCCAAAGCAGGAAGCAACAGAUGAGAAACCUGUACAUAAGACACAAAGGGCUGCUUCUACCAAGAGACACGUGUCGCCUGAGCUGGUGAAGGUGAAACACCUGAGAAGUGUGUCACAUAAACGUGAAUCUGUGGAGGAGCACAUUAGCACCAUUAUGCAAACAGAAGAAAUGCAAGCCAAAAGAGAGAACCCUGUCACUCCAGAUCAGAAAAUACCCCAGAGCUCUAGGUACCGAAAGAAAACUGAAAAACAGCCAAGCCCCAAGUUUGAUGCGUCUGCAGAGAAGGUUGGGAUAAAGAAAAAUGAGAAAACAAUGAAGAUCUCCCAGGAGACAGAGCCGCAGAAUCCAGGUCCUGGAACCAAGAAGUCUUCAUCUCUGGGCAAAGUCAGUGGGAAAAGAACAUGUUUGAGGUCUAGAGGACAGACGGAGAUUCCCCACCCUCAUGAAGCAGAAGAGAAAACAAGAAAAUCAGGUGCAGAAAUCUCGAUAAAGACCCAGCAAGAGAAAGGAGUCUCUGGAGAUCCAGAUGUUAGGCGUUUGAGAUCCAGACAAACUAGAGUCACUUUGGACAAUGAACCUAAGCCAAGAGUAACUCGAGGGGCCAAGAAAGAUGCAAAAACUCUGAAGAAGGAUGAAGACAUUGUAUACACCAAGAUAUUAAGAACAAGAAGUCACCAGAAAAGUGAAACUGUGUAGCAAAGACAUUUAAGAAGGAAAAGUAAAUUUGGUUUAGCGAUAGAUUCCAGUAUGAUUUUCAUCUCCAGUGUGAAGGUGAACUGUAAAUAAUAUUACCUGUGCUUAAGGAAGGAGGCUUUGAGCUUUCCUGAUCAUACUCUCUUCAAGCUCCAAUGGAGAUCAUGAAGAUCACCAGGGAUCUCAGAGCAAUAGCAGUUUAAAUGUUUGGUGGGUAAACAGGUAGAAAUGUGGCCCUCUGUCCUACCCAAUAAAGCUCUGUGAAAUUCACUGCC